CUUGAAUGCUUGGUCGACCACCUCCUUAUUCACGAUUAGCUUUUUUUUUUAACCUUUCCCCCUCGUUUCCUCCUUUCCUUUCCACUCCCCGACUCUCCUCCCCCUUGACAUGAUCACUUUGAUUCAGUUGACGAGAGAGAGAUCGUCCGACCGCCUGCCAUUCACAAACUACGCCUAGACCACAUCAUGGCCCCUCAAUCCAUCGACUCCAAUGCUGGCCUUUCUCCAUCACCCGAGGCGAUCUCCCUGUGGAAGAAGCGUUUCGACAAGCGACAUCCAUCGACCAACCCAGUAAUUGCCAUUCUUGAUGUCGAGUACAACGAGCUCGUCCUGUCUUGGAAAAGGCUCCAAGAGACCCUCGCCCCGCCAGAUCUGGUCCAUUUCCAGGAACGUGCCCAGGGACCUGAAGAUGUCUUGAGUCUGGUGAGCAGCAUUGAGCCGGUCUGGACGUCCAGCUCGAGGCAGCGAGUGGUCCGUGACCAUUGUACCGAACUGAGAUCCACCCUUCAUACCCACAGCGUCCUUUUGAGUGCCCUCCCAAAAAAUGAAGCAUAUCUAUCCCUCUUCUACAGCGUCCUCCAGUCAACGCUUAAGGCAUCAGCAAGCUAUCCAAGGAUUAUGGAGGGAUACAUAAAAGCGCUCGUUAUGAUCAACCGGUCCUCGAGCCUGUCCAUCACCACGGAUUUAUCAUCCUGCUCGAAAGACACAAUCAACUCGAUCGCACGCUUCUACACGUAUUUCUUCUUCUUCCUGGGCGAGUUCAUGGACUGGCUUGUGCGCAAACAAAAAUGCCGACUGCUGAAGAGUCCCAACCACAACGUUUACCACACAUUCCGAAAUCUCGUCGGCCACCUGCGGCGCAGCGCCAGGGACAUAAUGGGUGGAAUCGAUGAUGUGAUGGACGUGGAUGAGGACGACAACGAUACUGAAGCGAUAAGAGACACAACAUGUGACAUGGAACUAUGUCUUUCCGAACAAGCCCGCUUGGAACAAAUUGGUUUACAGCGGAUGGAUCGCCGAUACAAAGCCCAGAACGCCUUUAUCCGCCAAUUAGUCUGGGAAAUUGCAGAGGAUGCGGUGAAACGCGCAAGGCUAUUGAAGGAAAGAGACGCCCUACUUGCGAACUUGCUCGAUACGGUGGGCCACCAGAUACGCCCCGUGAGCCAGCAGAAUACUGGCAUUGCUUGCUUAACAACGACAGCGUCCAGGGAUAUAGGUAGGGUAACGAAGGCGUACAUGAAGGAUCAGACGGCUUGGUAUGCUGACGAUAUCACCUUGCAAGACAUGGAUAGAUUCACCUCGAACGAAGGAAGUCAGAAACACAAGUACACGCGCGCGGAACUGCAACUCGCUUCCAGUCAUUUGGAGAACUUCUUCGACGCGGACGAUCAAAACCCUGAGCUUGACCCGGAUGUGGAGGUGAUUGCGGAGGAGAAUGUCAUGACUUCAUUGCAACAGUGGGCGACCGACACAUAUUCCCAAGUGCUUGCCGUGGGAGGGUCGCCCACCACAGCUUUCCCUAGCCCUGUCCUUCUCAUCUCGACAUGCUAUGCCAGCCUCGCACGGAAGGCCCGAUUACCGGUCAUCUCCCAUUUCUGUACGGGUCCCAACAACGGAACAGACGAAUUGACGUACGAGCAACAUUUGAUCGCUUUGGCCUACAGCUUGAUUCGACAAUUGAUAGAAUACUUGCCUCCGGUGAUCGAAAGCCACUCGGGGUGUAACCUGAGCGCCGAGCGCUUCAAACCGUUGAAUGGCACGUUAACCUCCUGGAAGGAAGUGCUCUCCUUGAUCGACAUACUCCUCUACUAUGCCCCACCUCUGAUGGUGUGUGUGAUCCAUGGUCUGGAUGCUAUCCAGGACCCGUCCACUGACCCAUACAUCCGGUCUCUGGUCCGCAUUCUCCUGACACACACAAGACACCAAACCACCACGAUGGCGGAGGGGCUUGAGACACAGAGCGUUCUACUCAAGAUAUUAUUUACCGUCGCUGGACGACCGAGCUCGCUGGUGGAGACGCUGUCGGAGAGCCAGCUGAUAUUGCGCGAGUCGAACCAGACGGGCGAGCUGGCCACGAGCGACUCUAAACUAAGCCCCGAUGUUGGGGUUGUCAUGAUGAAUGCAUAAUCCAAAGCACAUGACAACAACGAAGCCAAUUUCUCCUUGUUUUAUUCUUUUUCUUACAGACUUGUCGGGCUGUUCUCGGGCCCAAAUCCGGGACAUAUAGAAUUGUGCGCAGGCUGGAAUCUUUGAGUAUAAUCCAUAUUGGCAAGAGACCAG